UCUGAAGUCCCCGCUAUUAAUUACCUCUUCUCCUCUGCCUCCUCUUUCUCUGUCACUUCUCAGAUCUCCCCCCGCUUCCUCCCUAGGGUUUCACGCCCUUGUCAGCCCGCAGCGAAGCUUCCGCUCACCUCGCCGGAGGCGGCAGUGGCAGCGGCCAGAACGAUGGCUGGCGGCUUUCGAGUACUGCAUCUGGUCAGGCCCUUUCUGGCUUUCUUGCCGGAAGUACAGAGUGCUGAUAGGAAGAUACCAUUUAGAGAAAAAGUGAUCUACACUGUUAUUUCUCUCUUCAUUUUCCUGGUGUGCAGCCAGCUCCCGCUCUAUGGCAUCCAUUCAACUACUGGAGCUGAUCCUUUCUACUGGAUGCGUGUUAUUCUUGCAUCAAACCGUGGUACUGUCAUGGAGCUGGGUAUUACUCCAAUUGUGACAUCUGGAAUGGUUAUGCAACUUCUAGUGGGAUCGAAGAUUAUUGAAGUUGAUAACAGUGUGAGAGAGGAUCGUGCUCUUCUGAAUGGUGCACAAAAGUUGCUUGGUAUUCUGAUUGCUAUCGGCGAAGCUGUGGCAUAUGUUCUUUCAGGAAUGUAUGGUAGUGUGAGCCAACUUGGAACUGGAAAUGCUAUUCUCAUUAUACUUCAGCUUUUCUUCGCUGGCAUCAUUGUCAUCUGUCUAGAUGAACUUCUCCAGAAAGGCUAUGGUUUGGGUUCUGGUAUUUCUCUGUUCAUUGCUACCAAUAUCUGUGAGAAUAUCAUCUGGAAGGCCUUUAGCCCCACAACCAUCAAUAGUGGACGUGGUGCGGAAUUUGAAGGAGCUGUCAUUGCAUUGUUCCAUCUGUUGAUUACUCGAUCUGACAAAGUCCGUGCCCUUCGAGAGGCUUUCUACCGUCAGAAUUUGCCAAAUGUGACCAAUUUACUUGCUACUGUAUUGGUCUUUCUCAUAGUUAUCUAUUUCCAAGGCUUCCGUGUUGUCCUUCCAGUGAGAUCAAAGAAUGCUCGUGGGCAGCAAGGCUCAUAUCCAAUUAAACUAUUCUACACUUCGAACAUGCCCAUCAUUCUGCACUCUGCACUGAUUACCAACCUAUAUUUCAUAUCCCAGCUUCUCUACAGGAAGUACAGUGGAAAUUUCCUGGUUAACCUUCUCGGUAUAUGGAAAGAAUCUGAGUAUUCUGGCCACUCUAUUCCUGUUGGUGGUCUUGCUUACUAUGUAACUGCACCAUCAAGUCUGGCUGAUAUUCUGGCGAAUCCUUUCCAUGCAUUGUUCUACGUGGUCUUCAUGCUGUCAGCAUGUGCACUCUUCUCAAAGACAUGGAUUGAAGUCUCCGGUUCAUCGGCUAAGGAUGUUGCUAAGCAGCUGAAGGAACAACAAAUGGUGAUGCCAGGCCACCGUGAGUCGAACUUGCAGAAGGAAUUGAACAGAUACAUCCCUACUGCUGCUGCAUUUGGUGGAGUAUGCAUUGGCGCACUGACUGUUCUGGCUGAUUUCAUGGGUGCAAUUGGUUCAGGAACUGGUAUACUGCUGGCUGUUACCAUUAUAUACCAAUACUUUGAGACCUUUGAGAAAGAAAGGGCGACCGAGCUUGGGUUCUUCGGGUUUUGAUAUCAUAGCUAAAGGAGCAUGGUAUGGCUACAGCUAAAUACUGCUUGGCCGGCUGUUUUGUAGUUGUAAGUGGAGAUCUUAAAUUCAGCUUAGAUUGCCCGAGUUAUUUACAACGAGAAAUCUGUAGACCCUGUUCAAGCAAGGGCAUGGCCAUCGUCUAUCGUCCUUCCGUAGCCUUCUCAUGUCUUUUGACUAUAGCAACUGGAUGUUUUGGAACGAAUUUAGUCAUCUGGAGCUUAAUAUAUGUUUCUUUUUGCUUGUGACAAUCCUCCGUAUUAAUCCAUCUGAUUCAUGUAACUGGUGGGGUAAAUCAUGUUUUUUCUCUGCGCUUGGAGAAAACUAAUUGCUGUCA